CUUAAGAGUAGUUGAGCUGUUGUGUGUUUGUGUCUCUGUAUUCAUGCAGUAAAAUGGCAGAAGCCAGAUUUUCUCAGGAUGAGUUCCUGUGUGCAGUGUGUCUGGAUCUCCUGAAGGAUCCAGUGGCCAUUCCCUGUGGACACAGUUACUGUAAGAGCUGUAUUACAGGCUGCUGGGAUCAGGAGGAUCAGAUGAGAGUCUACAGCUGCCCUCAGUGCAGACAGACCUUCAGUCCAAGACCUGCUUUAGCUAGAAACACCAUGCUGGCUGAAGUGGUGGAGAAACUGAAGAAGACCAAACUCUCUGCUGACUGUGACGCUGGAGCUGGAGAUGUGCAGUGUGACGUCUGUACUGGAAGAAAACACAAAGCUGUCAAGUCCUGUCUGGUGUGUCUGAACUCUUACUGUCAGAAACACCUCAAACAACAUGAGAGUUUCUUUAAAGGAAAGAGACACAAUUUGACUGAAGCCACUGGACGACUGCAGGAGAUGAUCUGCCAGAAACAUGAGAAGCUCCUCGAGGUUUUCUGUCGCACUGACCAGGAAUGUAUAUGUGUGCUGUGUACGAUUAUUGAACAUAAAAACCAUGACAUUGUACCAGCGGCAGACCAGAGGACAGAGAAACAGAAGCAGCUGAAGGAGACGCAGAAGACGCUCCAGCAGAGAAUCCAGCAGAGAGAGAAAGAUCUCCAGCAGCUGAGAGAGGCUGUGGAGUCUCAUAAGCGCUCUGCACAGACAGCAGUGAAGGACAGUGAGAGGAUCUUUACUGAGCUCAUCCGCUCCAUUGAGAGACGCCGCUCUGAGCUGAUACGGCUGAUCAGAGAUCAGGAAAAGCAAGCAGUGAGUCGAGCUGAAGGACGACUGGAGCGACUGGAGCAGGAGAUCAAUGAUCUGAGGAGGAGAGACGCUGAGCUGGAGCAGCUUUCACACACACAGGAUCACAUCCAGUUCCUGCAGAGUUUCCAGUCUCUCUCAGCACCUACUGAAUCUACAGACGUAAAUGACGAUCCCUUCAUUUCUCUCGUCUCUUUUGAUGAUCUGAGAGAAUCUGUUCAUCAGCUGAGAGGCAAACUGGACGAUUUCUGCAAAGAGGAGCUCAAGAAGAUCUCAGACAGAGUCACAUUCACCAACAUUGUUCUCUGGACCAGGAACGACUUCCUACAAUAUUCCCAUCAGCUCACUCUGGAUCUGAACACAGUGAAUAAACGCCUCCGUCUGUCUGAGAGCAACAGAGUGAUUAUUUACACUAAUACAGUCCAGCCGUAUCCUGAUCAUCCAGACAGAUUUGAUGAGUGGUGGCAGGUGUUGUGUGGAGAGAGUGUGUGUGGACGCUGUUACUGGGAGAUUGAGUGGAGUAGAGAUGUGUUUAUAUCAGUGUCAUAUAAGAGCAUCAGCAGGAAGGGAUGUGGUAAAGAGGGUUUGUUUGGAAAUAAUGAUCAGUCCUGGAGUUUGAUCUGCUCUUCCUACAGUUACUCAUUCAGACACAAUAAGAUACAGACUCCUCUCCCUGUGAAGUCCAUCAGCAGGAGAAUAGGAGUGUUUGUGGAUCACGGUGCAGGAACUCUGUCCUUCUACAGCGUCUCUGACACAAUGAGACUCAUCCACACAGUCCAGACCACAUUCACUCAGCCGCUCUAUCCUGGGUUUUAUGUUUGUACUGGAUCAUCAGUGAAACUGUGUUGAUGAAUCAGAAUAGACUGACGAGAGAUUCUACCCAUAAUGCUUUGAGCUGCAUGAUAAAUCAGUAACAGUGAAAUGUUAUAAGCUGUGUCCGAAACCGCUCCCUAUCCACUAUAUAGUUGUCACGCGUCGUGGUUGUAGGAAAAAAGGUGCACGAAGGAGUAAACGUAAAGGGGUUUUAAUAAUCAUCACCACACGUAAGCACUGAAAUAACAUUAAACUGAGACAAAGAAACUCAGGAGAAUACAGGACUUAAAUGGAGUGAGACAAAUGAGAUAAUGAAACUUAACAGUUGAACAGAAUAAACGAUGAUUAACUAAUAAUGAGAACAGGAACAAAGCCAAAUAAGGGCAAACAGGAACUAAAAGGGAACACACAUGUGACAGUACUCCACCCUCCUGGAAGGCGCGUCCCGCGCCAUAAAAGUUCCAUCGGGGAGGGGGGGCAGGCGCCCUGGAGGUUAGAGCAGGGCAGGAACAGGGAGGAAACUAGGGAGCCCUCCAGGGUGGAUACGGAGACUCAGGGGGCCAUGGUGGAUCUGCCUCUGUGGCCUUGGCCCUUGGCCCGGCCACUAUGGCCCUGGAUAUGUCCAAAUACCCAGUCUUUGCACUUGACCACUUGACUAUUUAAAUUACGCAUUUCCUGUAUUUGGCCCAAGUGUUCAAGUGAGGAUGAAGACCACAAGUGUGUGUCGAACUUUUCAUUACCUGAUGGGACACACACUUAUAGGGUUGUAAAAAUGUAAGUGUUUACAUAGCUUUAUUUUAAUUUUAAUUUGAAAUACUUUGCAUUUUAAAAUCAACUUCUAAAUGUCUGUUCAGUAGUCCCUAUAACCUGGCAGAAUUAGAAGCACGACAAAUUACAUUAAGUGAUAAAAAGCAGUUGCAAAUGUUGUAUAAAAUAAAUAAACUACUCAUCUUUGCACCAAUAAAACGUGAAAACAGUUUUUCUACCAAAUUAUAUGUAAUAUCUAAUUAUUAUAUGAAUAUUUAACUUACAUUGGAAAUGUUUCCGUGACCUCUCGCAAGAUCUCGGCAAAAAGUCCCACGAUUUAUAUCCAGAACAUGAUGCAUGAUGGGAUACGCUUAGCCUUGAAUACCGCUUCGCUCACUUUGGCAUUUUAAAGACUUGGGACAGACUUGCACACUUACUUCCUGUCACGCGCACUCGCUCUCAAGUGGCCAAGACCGCAAGUGUGGGUAUUUGGACAAAGCCACAAUGAACGGCUUCAUUCCCUACAUUUGUUCACUACUUUUUACCCACAAUACAUUCUGAUUUUGAGUGUACAACCAAUGUACACUCACUGAAGCAAUAUUUCCCACAAUCCAAUGCGGAGAGCCGCCGAGCUGGAAGAGAGAGCAGAAGUGAGGUUGAAUGAGAGAUGGUGUUUACAUCUUUCUUAUUUCUGCUUUAACGCUUAUUUCAUACAUUAUUAAAAUAUAUUAUGUAGGUAUCACAUUUUUGGUCUUGUUUUGCCCUUAGUUCUUCCUGUGUUUCCUUACUUGGUCACCUUCUUGUCCUUGUUUAGCUUUAUUGAUUAAUCCCCUGCACCUGCACCUGUAUUCUGUAAUCAUCCUGUGUUUAUUAGUUCCUGCUUGUUCAGUUCUCCUUUGUCUGGUCUACUCGUUACAGUCUCUGUGUUCCUUUGUGUUAUGCUAAGUUCUGUGUUGGAUUAUCCCCUGUAUUUUCGUCAUUAAAGACUGUUUUAGUUUA